AUGAUGAAACAAGGCUACAAGAAAUAUUUGACCGAGGAUGAUUUGUGGAAUUUGGCCAAAAGGGACACCACGAAAGCAUGCAGCGAAACAUUCGAGGAGUCUUGGGAAUAUGAGAUUGAACAUAAGAAAAAUCCAUCUCUUUGGGUCGCUAUCUUCAGAUCUUUCAGCGGACCAUAUUUCCGUGGCGCUCUUUUCAAGACGGUCAGUGAUUCGCUCGCCUUCAUCCAGCCGCAACUUCUAAAGCUGUUGAUCAAAUGGGUCAAGUCACGCUCAAGCGAUGAACCUCAGCCUGUAAUUCGAGGAGCUGCUAUAGCUUUGGCUAUGUUCUCUGUUUCUGUAGGACAAACUAUGGCCUUACAUCAAUACUUUCAAAGGGCCUUUGAAACUGGUAUGCGUAUCAAAACAGCCUUGACGGCAGCAAUCUACAAAAAAUCACUUAAAUUAUCAAAUGAAGGAAGAGCUAGCAAGUCUACUGGAGAUAUUGUCAACUAUAUGGCUGUUGAUACACAAAGAUUACAAGAUCUCACUCAAUAUGGUCAGCAAUUAUGGUCCGCUCCAUAUCAAAUUCUCCUCUGCAUGAUAUCUUUAUAUCAGCUAGUCGGAUUAUCCAUGUUGGCUGGUGUCGCCGCUAUGAUUCUAAUGAUCCCCAUCAAUGGUCUAAUCGCUCGCCUGAUGAAGAAGUUACAACAGGAACAAAUGAAGAAUAAGGAUUCUCGAACAAGAUUGAUCGCUGAGAUCAUCAACAACAUGAAAAGUAUCAAGCUCUAUGCUUGGAGCUCCGCUUUUAUGGCCAAAUUGAAUUUUGUAAGAAAUGACCAGGAGCUGAAGACUUUGCGAAAGAUUGGCGCUGCUCAAUCAGUUGCCAAUUUCACCUGGUCUACUACCCCAUUCUUGGUCUCUUGUUCGACAUUCGCCGUUUUUGUGUUGACUAAUGAUAGCCCACUAACUACUGAUAUCGUGUUUCCUACUUUGACUUUGCUCAAUUUGUUGACAUUCCCAUUGGCAAUUCUUCCAAUGGUCAUUACCUCCAUCAUUGAGGCUUCCGUCGCCGUCAAGCGCUUGACUUCUUUCUUCACAGCUGAAGAGUUGCAACCUGACGCCGUCAUCUUGAAGGGACCCAUUGAGGACGAUGGUGAAGAGUCUCUAACAAUCCGAGAUGCAUCCUUCUCAUGGGACAGAAACUCGGACCGCCAUGUAUUGCAAGAUAUUCAUUUCUCUGCACACAAAGGAGAACUCACUUGUAUUGUCGGCCGAGUUGGAGCAGGGAAGUCAUCUUUCCUACAAGCACUUCUUGGUGAUCUUUGGAAAGUGAAGGGACAGGUAGUGGUUCACGGAAAAACGGCUUAUGUAGCACAACAGCCAUGGGUUAUGAACGCUAGUGUUAAAGAAAAUAUCCUCUUUGGUCAUCGUUUUGACCCUACCUUUUACGAUAAAACUGUCAAGGCUUGUGCACUCACAGAUGACUUUGCUCAAUUGCCGGAUGGUGACGAAACUGAGGUCGGGGAGCGUGGUAUUUCCUUGAGUGGAGGUCAAAAAGCACGAUUGACUUUAGCAAGAGCAGUCUACGCUAGAGCUGAUAUAUAUCUACUUGACGAUUGUUUAUCCGCCGUCGAUCAACAUGUUGGUAGACAUUUGAUUGAUAAUGUCUUUGGUUCAACCGGGCUACUCAGCGGAAAGACUAGAGUUCUUGCUACAAACUCCAUUCCUGUUUUGAAAGAGGCAAAUCUUAUCUGCUUGAUUCGAGAUAACAAGAUCAUCGAGCGCGGCACGUAUGAUCAGGCCAUCGCCAGAAGAGGAGAAAUCGCAAACUUAAUUAACACAUCCGAGAACAAGGAUGUGUCCACAGAUUCUGAGACCACUGAGGCCAGCGAUUCUUCAACCAUACUUGACUAUGAGCAGCCUGGAGAAGAGGAGGCAAAGGAUGAGGCCGAGGAAGCUCAAGAACAUUUGACACAACUCCAACCCAUCAGGCCUGGAGGAUCAGGCGUCAAAAAGAGGAAGGGAAGCUCUAAUACAUUAAGACGUGCCAGCACAGCUAGUUUCAGAGGCCCUAGGGGCAAGCUUCGCGACGAGGAAGAUCCACUGAAAUCCAAACAAGGCAAGGAACAUUCCGAACAAGGAAAGGUCAAAUGGGAUGUGUAUGCUGAAUAUGCUAAGACUAGCAAUCUUGCAGCAGUGUUAAUUUAUUUAGCUAUGUUGGUUGGUGCACAAACGGCACAGAUCAGUGGCAGCGUAUGGCUCAAAAGCUGGGCUGAGGCCAAUGACAAACUUGGUAUUAACCGAGAUGUCGGCAAGUAUAUUGGUGUGUACUUUGCUUUUGGCAUUGGGUCUGCAGCUCUUGUUGUGAUCCAAACAUUGAUCUUGUGGAUCUUUUGUUCUAUCGAGGCCUCGAGAAAGUUGCAUGAGCGAAUGGCUUUUGCCAUUUUCCGAUCCCCAAUGUCCUUUUUUGAAACUACUCCAGCUGGUCGAAUUCUAAAUCGCUUUUCAAGGUAUGUUGUCGUCAUUUCUGUUUCUACCCCAGCCUUUAUCGCUUUGAUCAUCCCGCUGUCAGGCGUGUAUUACUGGGUGCAGCGUUAUUAUCUCCGUACUUCCCGUGAGCUGAAGCGCUUGGAUAGUGUCAGCCGAAGUCCAAUCUAUGCUCACUUCCAGGAGUCCCUUGGAGGCAUCGGCACGAUCCGAGCUUAUCGUCAACAACAACGAUUUACACAAGAAAAUGAAUGGAGAGUAGACGCUAAUUUGAGAGCUUACUUCCCAUCUAUCAAUAGUAACCGAUGGCUUGCUGUAAGACUCGAGUUUCUCGGUUCACUCAUUAUCUUAUCUGCCGCCGGAUUCGCCAUCGUGACUGUAAGUGCUGGUGGUGAUUUGUCCUCUGGUCUUGUCGGACUAGCAAUGUCAUAUGCUCUUCAAAUCACACAAUCCUUAAAUUGGAUUGUUCGUCAAACUGUUGAAGUGGAAACAAAUAUCGUGUCUGUUGAACGUGUUCUAGAGUACGCUAGAUUACCAAGCGAAGCUCCAGAAGUAAUUCACAGACAUCGUCCACCAAUCAGUUGGCCUGCAUCGGGUGGAGUAAACUUCAAUAACUACAGCACACGAUACCGUGAAGGUUUAGACCUCGUGCUCAAGAAUAUUAACCUUGACAUUAAACCACAUGAGAAGAUUGGGGUUGUUGGUCGAACAGGUGCAGGAAAGUCUAGUUUAACAUUAGCCCUAUUUCGGAUUAUCGAGCCCAGUGAAGGUAAUAUCAGCAUUGAUGCAUUGAACACGUCAACAAUAGGGCUACUUGAUUUAAGGCGUCGACUGGCAAUUAUCCCACAAGAUGCGGCUCUUUUUGAGGGUACUGUUCGAGAUAAUCUUGAUCCAGGUCAUGUCCAUGAUGAUACAGAGUUGUGGAGUGUACUAGAACAUGCAAGGCUAAAAGAUCAUGUCUCGACUAUGAAUGGUGGUUUGGAAGCCAAAAUUCAGGAAGGCGGAUCCAAUCUUUCUCAAGGCCAACGACAGCUUGUCUCCCUCGCACGAGCACUCCUUACUCCAUCCAAUAUUUUAGUACUAGAUGAAGCCACGGCAGCAGUGGAUGUUGAAACGGAUGCGCUUUUACAGACAACGUUAAGAAGUCCAUUAUUUGCAAAGAGAACGAUUAUUACGAUUGCUCAUCGGAUUAAUACGAUCUUGGAUAGUGAUCGUAUUGUAGUGUUGGAACAGGGACAGGUCAAGGAAUUUGAUAGUCCGAAGAAAUUGAUGGAGAAGAGGGGAUUAUUUUGGAAGUUGGUUAGGGAGGCGGGGUUGGAAGCAAUGUAG